AUGGCCCAAGUCAGCGGGAGCUGCGACACCCAGUUCCAGGGCGUUCGUGAUGCUUUCUCGAAAUACAUCGUCUCGGGAGAAGAAAACGGUGCGUCCCUGGCCGUGAACGUCGACGGCAAGGAUGUGGUCAACUUGUACGGAGGAUAUGCCAACAACGACAGGACCAAGCCAUGGACCGAGAACACUAUUGUCAACAUGUACUCGUGCACCAAGAUCGUAUCCGCGCUCGCCAUGCUGAAGCUGGUCGACCAAGGCUCAGUCUCCUUCACCGACAAAGUUGCCAAGUUCUGGCCCGAGUUCGCCGCCAACGGCAAGGAGAAUGUCGAGAUCCGGCACCUCUUGUCCCACAGCUCCGGCGUCGCGGGCUGGGAGAAACCCAUGACCUAUGAGGACAUGUGCGAUCUCGAAAAGUCAACCGCAGCGCUCGCGGCCCAGGCGCCGUUCUGGGAGCCGGGCACCAUGUCCAGCUAUCACUGCUGGGUGUACGGGCACCUGAUCGGCGAGGUCGUGCGGCGCGUUACCGGCCUCGCGCUGAAGGAGUUCGUCGCAAAGGAGCUCGCCGGCCCCGUCGGCGCAGACGUGCAGAUUGGCUGCAAGGAGGAGGACUGGCCGCGCGCCUCGGAGCUGAUCCCGCCGCCGGGCCUCGACCUGCCCCCGUUCCCCCCGGACUCGCUGCCGGUCAAGAUCUUGAACCCCAUCCCGAACCCCGCAUUCGCGCACACGGAGACCUGGAGACGGGCGGAGAUCGGCGGUGCCAACGGACACGCCAACGCAGCGGCGUGCGUGCGCCUGCUGUCCAAGGUCACACUGGCCGGCCGCGGCGCCGAGCCGGAGCUCAUCUCCAAGAAGACGGCCGACGCCAUCUUCGAGAAACAGACGCAGAACAUCGACGGGUUCAACGGGCUGACCAUCCGCUGGGGUCAGGGCCUGGCCCUGCGCGGCGACGGCGAGACGUCGCUCGACGACUGGCUGCCUCCGGGACGGGUGGCCCUCUGGGGCGGCUGGGGCGGGUCGCUGUGCAUCCUGGAUUUCGAGCGCAAGGUCACCAUCUCGUACAUCAUGAACAAGAUGCGGCUGGAGAUGCCCGUCACGCCGCCGGCUCGGGAGUACCUGAAGGAGAUCUACAAGAGCAUCGGUGUGGAAUGGUGA